GUGGGAAAGAACCUUUAGUCAGAUCUUCUGACGCUAUCGUAAAAUUGAGGCGCUUAAGCUCGGCUGGAAAAGUGCACAAUCCAGAAAACGAAAGAACAAUGGAACAGCCACAGGCGAGGUUUGGAAACUUAGUUAUCAAAUCCGAUACAGAAGUUGAAAAUUUCCGUCAAAGGAUUUACAACAAAGUUUCUACUACAAAAAAGAAACAGAUGUGUGGGGGAUCGGCUUUUAAGGCCGCAAGAGAAGACUCCAAUGAACAAAAGAAGUAUGACGAGACUGGGCUCGUCGUUAGCUCUUGCAAGCACUGCGUUGUACCAUACGCAAUCAACAUGUUUAAAGGUGAAUCGUGGACCCAUACUGCAUUUAUGCACAAUGAAGCCAUGAAAAGUAACGCCAAAUUCUUCUGCUACGACGUGGUAUGCCAAUACUGGAAAUGGAUGAAAACAAAAGUGGCUCGUCAUUUUCCUGAAUACCGUAAUCUAACAAGUGAAAUGACAGGAAUCUUGCCUAUCAUGCAUAAGAAUGCACAUCAAUUGCCAUGCAAGAUUUUAUGGAAUCCCCGCUGGACAACUGGAAUAGGCUUAACUGGAGGAGAAGAGCACGAGCAAGUUUUCUCCAAAUUGUAUCUAUAUGCUUAUGUGCUAAAGCAUAUGGCCAAACAUAACAGAAACGAUUUUUUAACAUUAGCUAUUCUUUAUUGGAACUGGGGUAAAAUUCAAAAUAUGCAUUUCCUUCUACGCAAAAAGCUUGAAAAAGCAAGAAAGGAAAUCAAACAAGGCACUCCAAAACUCGAGAAAUUGUUGGAAACCCAUAACCUCGUAAAUAAUGAUCUUCCACUGAUUCACAAGGAGCUGGAGACAAAAGCUAAGGCAAUUCUUGACCAAAGAAAAACCAAAAAGACUACAGUUGAUACACUGAGAAGAAUGCUGGAGGGCUUACAUGCUCAUUUAAAGACUACUUCCAUUUCUAUCUCUAAAGAAGCAGGUAUAUUACAAAAACUAAAUUGA